AUGGCGGACAAAUUGAAAUUAGAGGCGUUUAGGAAGCAGAGCACGGCAGAGCAACAGGAAGGGCAUCUCGGGGAUCCUUCAAAUAAUCAGCGAGAUGAGAAACCCAAGGAAAGAAUAGGCAAGACCAAAGAGCUGUCAGGAGACAUCCGGGACCAGAUAGUGAAUCUGCACAAAGCUGGAAUGGGCUACAGGACCAUCAGCAAGAAGCUUGAUGUGAAGGUGCCCACUGUCGGUGCGAUUAUUCGAAAAUGGAAGAAAUAUAAAGUGACCAUCAAUCGCCCUCGGUCCGGAGCUCCAUGCAAAAUCUUGCCUGAGGGGAUGAGGAUGAUCAUAAGAAAGGUGAUGGAUCAGCCCUCAACUACGCGGGAGGAGCUUGUUAAUGAUCUGAUGGCUGUUGGGACCACAGUCACCAAACACACCGUUGGUAACACGCUACGCCGCCUUGGCUAUCAGUUUAAGAAAGACUCUCUCUCAAGAGAGCACAGAUCGUUCAGCUCAUCGUUCGGUGUGUCUGCAAGCAGUCCAGACCAUUCCCUCUCCUCCCUCUUCUCACCCAGUUCCCGUCACUGGAUCUAUGAAGACCGCUCUAACAGGAAGGUGCAUGAUGAUGAUGAUGAUGAUGAACCCAUAAUGAGAAGUGACGGUUCUGACCCCGAGGAAGAAACAGAGGAAAAUGUGAAAGGUGCAGAUCAAGUGGCAAACAUGGAGGAAGAGAAACGAAUGAUCAACUGUUGCUGUUCCAUCUUUUUCGGAUACAACAGCUUUCUCUGCAUCAGAUGUCCUCAUGAAAUGUCACCGCACACCUCCUCUACAGACUCUCUCUCAAGAGAGCACAGAUCGUUCAGCUCAUCGUUCGGUGUGUCUGCAAGCAGUCCAGACCAUUCCCUCUCCUCCCUCUUCUCACCCAGUUCCUGUCACUGGAUCUAUGAAGACCACCCUAACAGGAAGGUGCAUGAUGAUGAUGAUGAUGAACCCAUAAUGAGAAGUGACGGUUCUGACCCCGAGGAAGAAACAGAGGAAAAUGUGAAAGGAAUGAUCAACUGUUGCUGUUCCAUCUUUUUCGGAUACAACAGCUUUCUCUGCAUCAGAUGUCCUCAUGAAAUGUCACCGCACACCUCCUCUACAGGUUAGGUACUUAAAAUGUCCAAAGUCCAUAUGUUACAUUGUGUGUUAUUGUUUACUUUCCAACAGGUAUUUAGCUCUCUGAAUUUCAUCUUAAAGACAAAUAUGUGGAUAUUUGUCUAUAUCCUGCGUUGUUCAAUGAAAACACUUGCUGCAGUAAAGGUGUUUUUGUAUUGAGUAUACAUAUAUGCAUCUCUUUGCGUGAUGAUUUUAAUGUAAAAGACAAUGACACAAAAGGUGGAAAGAAUAAAAAGGCAAGAUUUUGCCAGGAAAGAAGCUUUACUCAAUAACAUUCAUACAGCGUUGAUGUGGGCGUUUCUGAUGCAUGUAAAUUCACACAAACUGCAAACUGUAGCAUUUUCCACAAUUUGUACAUCGACUUUAAAUAUAUGUGAUAAUACAUUAUCUUGGCAACAAG